AUGGCAGUAAACCUUGACGAAUAUGAUGAAGAGCAAAUUAGGUUGAUGGAGGAAAUGUGUAUUCUCGUUGAUGAAAAUGACAAAAAAAUUGGAUCUGAUACCAAAAAAAAUUGUCAUCUCAUGAAAAAUAUAAAAGAAGGAUUGUUACAUCGAGCAUUUUCUGUAUUUUUAUUUAAUUCUGAGGAUAAAUUAUUAUUACAACAAAGAUCAUCAGAUAAAAUCACCUUUCCAAAUAAUUGGACAAAUACAUGUUGCUCUCACCCAUUAAAUACUAAAUUAGAAUUAGAAGAAGAAAAUCAAAUUGGAGUUCUUCGUGCAGCUCAAAGAAAAUUAGAGCAUGAAUUAGGAAUUAAAGCUGAGCAAUGA